AUGGCAAUUCAAGACAUAGAGCCAGACAUUGCCAUUGGCGUGAAACACGCAAACGUGCCAGGCAAGGAUGAAAAAUCCAGAGAAGCGGCCAAAAAAGACGCUGCUAACUUGCAAUUGCUUUUGGAAACGUUGGAGAAAUUUGGGUUCCGUGCUCAGGUGCGUGCCGGGGCUGACAGGGCUAAUCAGCUUCUCGUUUUCGUGAAAAUUAGAUCCAGUGUGUACCAAGAACUUGUCAAGAAGGAUCUCUUGCGAAACUUCGAGUUUGGGCUUACUGAAGACGAUAGCGGCACUUACAACAAACAGAGACUCAUUUACGAGUACUUGUGCUCUCCGAAGAAUCUUGGUGGCGUGGGCAUCACACCAGGUGCCUCUGAGUGGAAAUUUGUUGAGUCCAUAACCUCCUUGGAUGCGUACUUGACCGAUAGCAAUGUUCCAGAAGCAGCAAAGAAGGAACUUUGGCAGCCAUCCUUUUCCACUGCAAAAUUUAAGAACCUCUACGGCCCUGGCGUGGCUUUGUAUUUCGAUUUCGUUCGUUUUUACACCGUUGCCUUAGCUGGGUUGGCUGUGUUUGGUAUAAUUGGUUUCUUGAAGAAGAAAAACUACUCAAUUGCCUUCUCAUUCAUCAACAUGAUCUGGGGUGCAGGUGUGCUUGUUUUGUGGAGGAGAAGAACAAAAUUUUUGGCAAACACUUGGGGCGUUCAGAACUCGUUGGAAUUGGAGAGAUUUCGCUCAGAACUCGCAAGCGAGUCUAGUCAGGCGAAUGAAAGUAAGCAGAGAGUGGACGCGAGCAAAAGAAGGUUCAUUAAACAGCUUUUGUUUGUACCCGUCGCACUUGCCUUUGGCGGUGUUUUGCUUACGGUGCAAGGCUUGUGUUUUGUUUUGGAGAUCUUCAUCCUGGAAAUCUACGAUGGUCCAGGUAAGUCCGUGUUGACUUUAACACCGACAAUUCUUUUGAGUACAUUUGUACCAGUAUUCACCAUAGUCUACAAUGCAAUCACUGCAAGAUUUAUUGACUGGGAGCGCCACGACAGCAACCUUACCCGCAGUCAGUCUUUUGCAAUCAAGUCGUUCUUGUUGAACAUCAUGACUGGUUAUGUUCCACUUCUUAUCAGUGCAUUCAUUUAUUUGCCUUUUGCCCACCUUCUUCAGCCAAAUUUGGUGUACAUUAAGAGAGCAAUUGCUGGUCGAGUGAGGUCCGACAGAUACGCUUACCAGUACCUCACCAAUAUCAAAUCUGAGGACAGCUUCGAGAUCAAUCAACAAAGAUUGGACUCUCAAUAUUUCUACUUCAUCGUUACCAACCAGGUCAUCGGUAGUGUUUUGAAGUUCGGCUUGCCUUUGAUCCUCACCCCCAUACUAAAUUUCGUCCAGAAACUACUUAGCGGAAGCAAGGCAAAGGUCGAUGUUGAGGAAGACUCUCAGGAGAAGUCCUGGUUAGAUGAAGUACGCCGCGCUUCUUCUCUUCCAGAAUACUCAAUUGACGACAGUUUUAGGGAUAUUGCCUUGCAGUUUGGGUACGUGACCAUUUUCGGUUCUAUCUGGACGUUGGCUCCACUCAUUUGUAUCAUUUUCAAUAUUCUCACAUUCAAGUUAGAAGAAUGGAGGUUGUCAAGUGACCUCUUCUUCAAGCCUGUUGUGGCGAGGAAGAUUGACACCAUCUACCCAUGGGACAUUGCCUUUUUCUUUUUGGCAUGGCUCGGAUCCAUAGUGUCGCCUCUUGUCGCUUCAUUCUACCGUCAUGGUGCCAAGCCACCAAAAAAGUUUGGCCUGUUUGGUUUUGACAAAGCAAGUGUCAAUGUUGGUUCCACCGUUGGUCUUGUGACAGUUUUGUUGCUUUCAGAGCACUUAUUCUUCUUAUUGUGUUUCCUUGGUAAUAAGGUCAGCGACCUCUUCAAGUCUGACAAGGAGAUUGAAAAUGAUGACUUCCAAAACACUAUCAACUUGAAGAAACAGCAGUACUCUUCAAGAGAAAUUCCCAACAUCGUAGCUCCUGAUGAUAGUGCAUGGAAAUCUUUCACUGCAAGUUCGGCUCUUUUGCAAGCAAAAAACUUGAAUGUUUAUGAGACUGUUGAAUCAGAAGCCAAGAAUAGAACUUUUGAGGAACCUGCCGGCGUCCUGAGCGGUGUUAGUAGAGCACCAGAAUCAGAGGGUUCGUCCAAGAUGACUAAUAAGAAGGAUCUCCUAGAGAAAAAGAGAAGAGAACUUAAGGAACUUGAGGAUAGGAAGCGCAAGGAAUUGGAGAGUCGUGCUGAGAAGGGUGAUAGAAUAGUGGAGACUGUCAAUCAAGAAGGAGAACGAGCAUCUGCAAUCAUGGAUGAUAACAGUCAUGUGCCAACAACGGGUCAUGAUUACGAAAAGGACAUUGACAAGAAUGUUCUUGCCGGUGCACUGGGUGCCGCCGCUACUGGUGCUGCUGGCGCUGGUGCUGCUGAUGCCCUGAAAGACUUUAACACCGAUAAUAUAGCAAGUUCUCCCAGUGAUCCAUCGGCCGCUAAGAACAGAGAGUAUAUUCCUCUUGAAGAUGCCAAGAAACAGCUUAAGGAUCCUAAUCUCAGCGAUCAUACUGCUGCUCCUGUUGACAAUUCUGCGGGAGCAAACGUUGCUCCUGCGUCUGGAGAUGUCAAAGAUACUGAAAAUGGUGUCCCUGAAAGCACUGGAACGAAUAGUGCAGAUAGCAACAUUGCUGAUGCUGAUACAUCCGUCCAAGAAUCAGGAUAUGAACAUGAGAAAGGCGUCAAUGAGCCAAGCGACAAGUCUACCACAGAGUCUACUGUUGAUGAACAUGGAAAAAAGUCCAAAAGAAAGAGGAGUUUGAAGCAAUUAUUAAAGAGAACUUGA